GUGAGAAUGUGUGAGAGCAGCAGCGUGACAGCUUCCUGUGAGCUGACAACAGGAGAUUCUCACUUCUCUUGCUGAACUCUGAAGGAGAACACACUCAUACAUGCUUUUUAACCAUGGAGGCCACCGCCAGGUUCGACUAUGAAACUAAGGCUUCAGAUGAACUCAGCUUUAUGAAGGGAGAGCAGUUGAAUAUCGUGCAGACCUCUGGGAACUGGUUCAAAGCCGAACUCAACGGGUGUCUGGGCUCCGUGGCCAAAAACUACCUCAACAUCCACCUGCCCAGCUGGUACCAGGAGGACUGUAGUCGAGCUGAGGCAGAGGAGCAGCUGAUGAAGAAACCUGUCGGGGCCUUCGUGAUCCGGGGGAGCCGAAAGACAGAGCAUGGAGACUUCUCCAUCUCCGUCAGAUUAGAGGCAGCUGUGCAGCACUUUAAGGUCCUGCGGGACAGCAGGGGGCAGUACUACCUCUGGUCCGAGCGAUUCCCCUCCCUCAACCAGCUGGUGGAGUAUUACCAACACACAUCCAUCUCCAAGCAGACCAAGGUGUUCCUGCUGGAGACCGGAACCCAGCAACGAAGGGGCUCAGAAGAUGUUCUUCCUUCCCAGCGUCCUCUGCCACCUCCUCCCUCCUCCGACUGCCCACCUGCAUCUGCACCCGUGGCACCACGACAGCAUAAUGAAUUUGAACUGCUGUACCUCGGUAUCAGUUUAUUCAGAAUUCUGCCAGUUGUUGCCUAACUUUUUCAGGGAUUAUGGAGUUGAGGACAUUCAGGAAUUAAACACAGUCAUACAGAGGAGACUGGUGAAUUGCUUAAGGCCACCUGGGCAGUAGCCAGGAGGUGAACCGGUGACUCUCCAGUUCCAAAGUCCAUGUAAUGCCCAUAAGAGAAGUUGAUCGUGGUUGCAGCUGUAAUAUUGUACCUGAAUGA